AUGAUGGCACCAUUUCUGAGCUCGAAUACUGUGCUCUUCUUUCAUUUCUUGCUGCUCUGCUUCAACCUCCAUGGAAUUCAAGCUCAAGCUCCGGCUCUUCCUCUUCCCCAGGCUGAAGUGGGAGCUCUUCGCGAAAUAGCUGAUCAGUUGGGGAAAAAGGAUUGGAACUUCCGCCUGAAUCCGUGCGAUGGGGACUCAAGCUGGAACACCCCACACCGAGACGAUUUGCCCAUCUAUCAAAACUCCCUUCUCUGCAAUUGUACAUAUGGUGAUGGUUUUUGCCACGUCGAAACCAUGUCUCUUACUGCACAGGAUUUAGCAGUGACCUUACUCGUAACUAUUUAAGUGGAACAAUCCCCCGUGAAUGGGCAUCUACCAAACUGCAAUUCCUGGGUGUUGCCGUCAACCAAUUAUCGGGACCCAUCCCAACAUAUGUGGGAAAUAUAACUACGUUAGCUAUAAUGAGUCUGGAGAAUAACAUGUUUAAUGGAACUAUUCCAAAGGAACUUGGGAAACUUGUCAAUUUAGAGAGACUCAUUCUUUCUGCAAACAAUCUCACAGGUGAGCUCCCAGUGGAAUUGAAUAAUCUGACCAAAUUGACAGAACUUAGGCUGAGCCGGAAUGUCUUCAGUGGGAGAUUGCCUAACUUUCAGGCUUGGAAAAAUCUUCAAAACAUAGAGAUUGAAGCUGGUGGGUUUGAAGGACCGAUACCUUCAAGUAUUUCUGUUUUGACAAAUUUAACUGAACUGAGAAUUAGUGACUUAAUUGGAGGUGCCUCUGUGUUUCCCAUGUUAAAAGACAUGACAGUCAUGACUAAGUUGAAGUUGAGGAGCUGUAAUUUAUCUGGGAAAAUACCAGAUUUUGUGGGCACUAUGACGCCAUUGCGUGCACUAGAUCUGAGUUUCAACAAUCUGGGAGGUGAAGUACCAAAUCUUGAUGGUCUGAGUAACAUGGAAAUGAUGUUACUGACGAACAACUCUUUCACUGGGCCUAUACCAGGUUGGAUAGUAAGUCGAGAUCCCAGAACGCAAAUAGAUAUUUCGUACAAUAACUUCAGUGAGAGUUCAGUUCCAUCAACUUGUAGCGAUAGCUUAAACUUGUUCAAAACCUUCCGCGGAUGGGAUAAUGAAGAAGCUGGGAAAUGUUUGAGUUCUUGCUCUAAAGGUUAGUACUUUAGUACGUAUUCAACCUCAUUGACCUUUGCAUUGCCCCCAGUUUUUGAGAAGCAUGAAAAAGUUUCUGGAAAUGUAAAGAAAGAAUAGAUGAAAUGAUGAAUUAUCAGUCGGCACAGCUUUUUUCAUUCAAAUUUGAAUUGACAAUAUCUAAACACACACUCACACUGUUUAUUUUAUGGAGUACAACCUUUUGAAUUUAUACACUUCAGAUUGGUAUUCUUUCCAUAUAAAUUGUGGCGGUCCCAAAGUUGCGGUUGGAGAUAUAACUUAUGAUGAUGAUCAAGCCUCAGCGGGAUCUACAAACUUUGCUCACCCCAACGAGAAUUGGGUUACCAGUAGUACAGGGGACUUUUGGGAUAGAAACCGAACCAUUUCUGACUAUACAGCAAAUAAUGUAUCUGUUAUAAAGGGAAAUGAAUCCGAACUUUACACGACAGCUCGUGUCUCUCCUUUAUCCUUAACUUACUAUGGACGCUGUUUGGCAAAUGGAAAUUAUACGAUCACUCUACAUUUUGCUGAAAUUGUUAUAAGGGAUAAUAGAUCAUUCCAAAGCCUUGGAAGACGGCUCUUUGAUGUUUAUAUCCCGGUAAAAUUUACAGUGGACAUUUAAAAAAAAUAAUGAAAAUGCAAUGGACUCAGUUUGUAGCAUUUUCACAGGGUGUACGCGUCUUGAAGGACUUUGACAUCAAAAGUAAAGCUAAAGGUGUUGAUAUACCCUUGAAACUGAAAUUCAAUGCAACUGUCACAGACAAAACUCUAGAAGUGCGCUUUCACUAUGCUGGGAAAGGAACUACAGCAGUUCCAGUCCGAGGAAAAUAUGGUUCUUUAGUGUCAGCUAUCUCUGUGGUAUCUGGUAAUCAUAAUGCUAUAAUAUAAUACUCCUUAUGAACCAAAAGAAAAAAACUCCUGGUUAAAAAAAGUGGACUUGCUUCAGCAUUGGGAUUUUUUUGGAGUUAUAGACUAUUUUUUAUCUUUGCUUGUUCCUUCUCCAAAAGAACCAAGUUCCCAAAAUGAGGGAAUUGGUUUUCUUGACUCUUGUAUGCGGCUUGCUACAUAUAGGUUUAUAGCGAAAUGUAAGAAUACAAAAGAAAUUUAUGAGAUAAUACGUAAACAAAAUGGUAGAACUAUAGUACACAGCAUUGAGUAACAACUUUUGUUAGCAAGAUAUUUAUUUCACUAGACUUGUAACUUGAGACCAUAAUGAAGGACCCAAGAUAUAGAUUUCGCUUUGGGUCUCUAAAGUUUCAGCUUUGGCUCUGGAUCAAAUAUGUCUCUUUUUUGAGAGGAAGAGAGUAAUAUAUUAUUCUUGUUGUAAUAGCGGCAGUUGUUAUUUAAUGUAAUGUUCUCUCUUUUAUCUCAAUUACAUAUUACAUCGUUAAACUUGUUCUUCUGCAACAGAUUUUGAGCCUCCUAAUCAUAGCAGGAAGGCUCUCAUUAUAGCUGUUUCUGUGGCUACUCCAUUAUUACUCAUUCUCAUGGUUCUUGGUAUUGCUUGGAGAAAAAGCUAUUCAAAAAGAAAAUUAUCUAAGGAACAAGAACUAGCUGGGCUUGAUCUGAAAACUGGCCGCUUCACUUUCAGACAAAUUAAGGCUGCCACUGAUAACUUUAGUGCUGCAAAUAAACUUGGAGAGGGUGGUUUUGGAGCUGUUUACAAGGUGUGUGUGUGUGUGUAUACAUACAUACAUACAUACACACACACACACACACACACACACACACACACACAUAUAGGGGCCGGUUCAUGUGAGAAUCCACCUUGGUGAAAGAAAUAAGAAUAAAAUCUAGCCUUUGGAUCUAAUGCAUCGUGCGACUCAGAUUGCAUCCUGCGCUCAGAUUUUGAGAGCAUUUUCAAAGGAUUUUGGUGCAUUUCGACAUGACGCAUUUUCAAACCAUUUUGGUGCACCUAAUUUUGAUGCAAUCCUGACCCUUAGAUCUCACAAUCUAAAGCACCUGAUUUAUU